GUAUUCUGAAUAUCUGCCUCAACUCAAAAUUGUAAGGUUGUGCUUGGGAAAGUUAUUUUGACAUAAAUUACAGGAAAACUUCGAAAAAGUAGGAUACUUUGUGAAUCCCUUACACGCGGGAAAUGAAAGGAAGAAAUUAGGGCUUUCAACUGUUAACUGCAUAUGGAAAGAAAAGAGAAGAAUGUCAACUUUUGUUGCUACCAAUUUCAUCAUCAAGCUUUCAUUCAACCUUCAACCUCGCCUUCUUUCUCUUCCAUGGCUGAAGAAGAGUGUUGUUAGAUGCUUUGCACAUAAGGCAGAUGACUCGGAACCCCUUAGAUACAUUCCUAAGAAACUUCGAGAUGUGAAUCAAACAAAAUUCUCUUCUUCAGGGAAAAAUGCCCCCAAAGAUGGGAUUCACUCUAGGUCUAGUUUGAAUAAUGGUGUACUUGGACAUAAGACUUCGGAUAGAAUCAAACGCCCUCGACGAAGUAAUGUUGAUCAUGAGCAGUGGAAUGUGUCAUCUGAUGAUGGACAUGCAGGAGUGAAUGUAGACGAAAUAUAUGAUAAGAGAGCGAUGGAGAUUGAGUGUUUGGAAACACUUCAGGAGGUUGUUGAGUGCUUGAAUGUGCCUGAGGAAGUAGUUGAGGAAGUACAAAUUCCUAAGAGGGAUGGUCAAGUCCAAGGAUGCAAAUUAAAUCAAGCAAACAACUCUUUCUAUGGUGUUAUGGACAAUGGCGAUAUGGAAGCGUUUGAAGAAGAUGUUGAGGAAAUGCAAUUUUAUGAUGGAGUUGGUGAAGGCAAUUUGGAAAUAUCAAAUACUUGUAGGACUAAGCAAGCUGCUGAGAAAUUGGCAAUUGAAUUACUUGGGAAAAGGGCAUUUACGGGAGUUGAGCUACGUAAGAAACUUAUUGCAAAGAAUUUUUCUUUAAAUGUUGUUGAGACAGUAUUAAGUGAAUUCCAGGAUAGAGGGUUGAUUAAUGACCGCCUCUAUGCGGAAACGUUUUCCCAUUCUAGAUGGAAGUCUUCAAGUUGGGGGCCAAGGCGAAUUAAACAAGCACUUGUGAAGAAGGGUGUCAGUGAAGUUGAUGUGAAAAAGGCGGUAAAACUGGUUUUUGAGGACGGUGAAGAUUGUGAGCAAAGGUCGAGCACAAGGCUCUCAGAUUCCUCAUUACAGCAACUCUAUGUGCAGGCCUCCAAGCACUGGCAACGAUCCCAAAAUGUAACUCAUGAGACACGGAAGGCAAGGGUUAUAAGGUGGCUUCAAUAUCGUGGGUUUGACUGGGCUGUUGUUAGCAUUAUCUUGAAAAAAUUAGAAUCUGAAUAUACUCCUUAGAGCAAGUCAUGGUUGUCCUUUCUUUCAAGUUGCCCAGUGCUGCAUAAAUUGAAAAAGUUGGUAAAUGUCAGUGCUCGGCACUCUUGUCUGUCCUGAUAGAAAAAUUUAUCUACAGACUAUAGCAUAGUUUCAGGUAGAAAUGUAUUCAAAUUAUGCGGUUUAUCUAAUAUAAUUUCAUUUCACUUAA